CGCCUCAGUGUAUGUGCGCGUAUGUGUGUGUGUGUGUGUGUGUGAGGGAGUGAGUGAGUGAGUGAGUGCGCGGUGCCUGUGUGUGUGUGUGUGUGAGGGCGGCAGGCGGAUCGGUUUCUCGGGGUUUGACCAGCUGUCCCAGGCUAACCCUGCUCUCCGAAGAUGGAGGAAGUGCCGGCAGGAUUACCCUUAGCGACCGCGCCGCUGCCUCAGUUUCCAUAGGCGGCCGCGCACGGGCGCGGGGCGGCGGCACUAAUAAAAACACAAACAAAAGGGGGCAUGGAAGUGAUCCACUGCCUGCGCGGCUGAGGUGUCUUUGAGGGUGUACUUUUCUGCCUUGCAGCACUGCACUUUGACUAUGGAAGCAGAGGCUGCUGAUGGAUAUAUAACAUCAGGUGACAAUGAGCUUUCACCCGAAAGGGAGCACUCCAGCAUGGCUAUUGACCUCACCUCAAGUACACCCAAUGGGCAGCAUACCUCACCAAGUCACGUGGCAAGCACAAAUUCAGUGAAGGUAGAAAUGCAAAGUGAUGAGGAAUCUGACAGGAAGACCUUCUGUCAGGAAGAUGAGGUCAGGGUUCUCGAUGAAGGAAGCAGCCUGGAAGAGCCCCUCACUGAGAAUAACGAGAUGACGGAUAACAGAAAGAUUCAGGAGCUAUCGAGCGAGGGAGGAAUCCGGCUUCCGAAUGGUAAACUGAAAUGUGACGUCUGUGGCAUGGUUUGCAUUGGGCCCAAUGUGCUAAUGGUACAUAAAAGGAGCCACACUGGUGAACGCCCCUUCCACUGCAAUCAAUGUGGAGCUUCUUUUACCCAGAAGGGGAACCUGCUGAGGCACAUCAAGUUGCACUCUGGGGAGAAACCGUUCAAAUGUCCCUUCUGCAGCUACGCCUGCCGACGAAGGGACGCCCUCACAGGACACCUCAGGACCCACUCCGUUCCAGGUAUAGAGAUGGCACUGCAGGAGGAGAUUCCUGUCCAGAGCAGACCACUGAACUACAGCAGUGAGCUCCUGUGUAUGUCGCAGGACCUCUUACCCUCUACAAUGGGGAAGCCUCACAAGUGCAACUACUGUGGCCGGAGCUACAAGCAGCGCAGUUCGCUGGAAGAGCACAAGGAACGCUGCCACAACUACAUGCAGAAUGUUGGCAUGGAGGCUGCCGGGCAGGUCCUGAGUCACCACGUACCUCCUAUGGAAGAUUGUAAGGAACAAGAGCCUGUGAUGGACAACAAUAUUCCUAUGGUGCCUUUUGAGAGACCUGCUGUUAUAGAGAAGCUGACAAGCAACUUGGGAAAGCGUAAAAGCUCCACCCCACAGAAGUUUGUGGGUGAAAAGCUCAUGAGACUUGGCUAUCCAGAUAUUCACUUUGAUAUGAACCUAUCCUAUGAGAAGGAGUCUGAGCUGAUACAGUCUCAAAUGAUGGACCAAGCCAUCCACAACGCAAUCGCCUACCUUGGAGCUGACUCACUUCACCCCCUGAUGCAGCACACACCAAGCACAAUUGCAGAGGUGGCUCCAGUCAGCAGCUCACCUUAUGCUCAGGUCUAUCAUCCUAACAGGAUAGAAAGGCCCAUUAGCAGGGAAACAGCUGACAGUCACGAGAACAACAUGGAUGGCCCGAUCUCCCUCAUCAGACCAAAGAGUCGAACCCAAGAUAGAGAGGGCUCCCCCAGCAAUAGCUGCCUGGAUUCUACUGACUCAGAGAGCAGCCACGAAGACCGCCAGUCCUACCAAGGAAACUCUGCCUUAAACCCCAAGAGGAAGCCAAGCCCGGCUUAUAUGAAGGAGGAUGCCAAGGCUUUGGAUGCCACAAAAGCUUCUAAGGGCUCUUUAAAGGAUAUCUACAAGGUCAUCAAUGGAGAAGGGGAGCAGAUCAGGGCUUUCAAGUGUGAGCACUGUCGCGUUCUUUUCCUGGACCACGUCAUGUACACCAUCCACAUGGGCUGCCACGGCUACCGGGACCCGCUGGAGUGCAACAUCUGUGGCUACCGAAGCCAGGACCGCUAUGAGUUCUCAUCGCACAUUGUUCGAGGGGAGCACACAUUCCACUAGGCCUUCUCAUCCAAAGGGGACUCUUAUGAAGUAGAAGAACUGCACAUGAAGAAAUACUGCACUUACAGUCCCACUUUUCCUCAGACAUUGAUACGCCUGUUUUUGUUGUUGUUGUUGCUGUUGUUGUUGUUGCUGUUGUUUAAUUAAUAUUAUUGUUAACCUUAUUUUUUUU